UCUACUUCUUUCGAUCAUGUUCAAAAUAUAGCAACACCAUUGCACGCCCCGUCGAGAAAUGUCUAAAAUUUGCUAUUGAAAAAUUGGCGUUUAUCUGUAGGUGGCGUUUCAAAGUUUGUAAAAUAUAGCUUGAACUAAUAAAAAAAACGUAAUUUUAUUUGUAACAACUAUCUCUGGUUUCGUAGAGCCCACUACAAUUCCUUUGACAACUGACAACGACAACCAUUCCGAAUGGAUAACAGAAUGUAAUCUGACGGAUAUUACUUCGGAGCUCGUGACAACGGAAAUGACUACGACCACGUUAAGAUCUCGAAAAACUAGGAGACCGAGGCCACCGAUAACAGACAAGACGAGAAAGCCUCUUCCAUAUUCCAGGCGUAAAGAUCGACUGGAGAAGUUUAUUCGUAUGCGGAAGCAGAGCAACGUGACCUUCAUCGUCUCCUUCGAUGGCGACGACCUUCUGCGAAGACUCAUGUCGCAAAGGUCCUCAGAGAACAUGCAGCUAUUCGCCAACAACGUGCACGUAUUUCUGCGCUUCUACGACUUCGACGGCUUCGACAUUUACAAGAUCCACUUCACCGGAGAGAACGUGGACGUUUGGACCGAUCUGUUAAAGGCAAGGCAGUGCUGA